AUGAUCCAAGUUGGGACACAGCUGCAUGUUGCAGACAAUUCUGGAGCAAAAAAAGUUGAAUGUAUUAAAGUUUUAAAUAAAACAAAACAAAGGGUUGGAGGUGCCGGAGAAUUUGUGCUAGUGAGUGUAAAAGAAAUCAACCAAAAACAAACACAAAAAGUGAAAAAAGGGCAAAUCUUUAAAGCUGUCAUCUUAGAAACAAAAUUUCCUAUUCAACGAAAAGAUGGAAGUUCCUUAAAAUUUCAACGAAAUACAGUGAUUCUCGUCUCCCCACAACUGUCACCAGUAGGGACACGUAUUCAAAGUUUUGUUCCCUAUGAGUUACGACACAAAAAUUUAUCAAAAAUUCUCGCCCUUGCAUCUGCAAGUAUUUAG